AUGGGUGAAGAUCUGCCUCCGCUGCUGCUCAUGCAGCCGCCGUACAAAUUGCACGUGUGCUCCAAGAUGUGCUUGCCUUCUUUACUUGCCACGAAUCGGUCCACCGUUUCGUAUCGAACUCAGAACCCGCUAAAGGUACCGCUGCUAUGCGGUUUCAAGAGGAUGAUGGCCACGCCACAGAAAUAUGGCAAGGAUGAGGAGGAGUAUGAUGACAAUGAACACAGAGACAUCAUUUACAAAGCUCCUUGUGGGCACAGCCUCCGUAAUUAUGACGACGUGAUGCGCUUCCUGUUGGCCACUGAAAGCUUUGAUGUAUUGCAGCUGGACUACUUCUCCUUCAACAAGGCAGUGCAGUUGGAUGCAGUGGAACUACAGAGCAGCCAGUUAGACCUGAGUCGCGGCUCUGAACCGGUAUCAGUGGAGCUGUGUUUUGGCCCCGGUGAUUCCCGGCCAGCUGAUUUCCGCUAUAGAAAGGAGCGCUGGCCACAUGGCUGUUUCUUGACCCGUGGGCCCGUGUUUCACACUUGUUGCGAGUGCACAGAUGGGUGUUUGGACGCGCAACGGUGCUCCUGCGUCGCCAUGACGGGAGUUGGAAAGCAUUACGACUAUCAUAGACUCACCCAUCCCUUGCCGUCUGGGUUAUAUGAGUGCGGGCCAUGGUGCAGCUGCGAUCGUGCCCGUUGUCAGAAUCGACUCGUCCAAAGAGGAAUCCGGGUCCGCCUGCAAGUGUUCUGGACAGAGCGUUGUGGCUGGGGUGUGCGUUGCUGCGAUGACUUGGAUGCUGGGACGUUUGUGUGCAUAUAUGCAGGUGUGAUCCUGCAGAGAGCCCACCGACCAAUUGAGCCUCCAGCACCAAAAAUGAGCAGGGUCGAACUGCCGUCAGAUGAUGAGGUGGAGGUGGUCACAGAGUGGCUAGCACCCCCCAUAGUGGAGGGGACCAACUUGCUGGAAAACACGGAUCCCCCCACUUCAUCACCACUGCAUGUCCCAGUAAUACAGAGACCCGCCGACAUCAACGCACAUCAGAAAGACAAGGCGAAGCAUGCUUCAGUCACACAAAAUGACACCGACGGCCAUGGAACGAGAUUGAAAAUAAGCAAAAACCCAGAUGACCUGUAUUUGUUGGAUGCCAGAAAGGAAGGAAACGUUAGCCGCUUCAUCAAUCACAGCUGUCAGCCAAACCUCUUCAUUCAGAAUGUCUUCACAGACUCGCAUCACCCAAAUUUCCCUCUCGUUGCUUUUUUCACCAACAGUGUGGUGAAGGGAGGAACUGAACUGACAUGGAAUUAUGCUUCGGACACACACACGCUAUCUCUGGCCCAACAACGGGAAGUGCCCUGCGUGUGUGGCAGUGACGGCUGCUUGGGUCAAUUCCUGGAGGAGAACCUUUGUGAAACGUGA